AUGAUGGGGUCAGCUAGCCUCAAUGGAAAACGCCGCCGUGCUGAGCACGCUGCCUCGGCGCUUUCAAAGCCAUUUAAAUCUCCCCUUCGGCGGCCACCGCAGACUUCAGGGACCAAAGAGGAAGCAUUGCGCGCAACCGAGAAAAAUAUUUCUACUGUGGGAUCCGUGCCUGAGGCCAUCGAUCGCAGCACGAAAGCGGAGCAAACGCGAUCCACACUCUCGACACCCAUCCCUUCAUGUACAACAGUUGGUUCGCUAUCUAGCAAUUCGUCGUCGUUGCACUCACAGACUCGCAAAAGAAAAAGCCUUGCCGAUUGUUUGACUCCCUCCAAAAAGCCAUUAUUGUUUGAUCCGGAGAUUCAGGAGCUUCAAAAGCAAGAAAGGGCACUGCAAUCUCGCCUUUCUGCCCUGCGUUCCGAGCUCGAUACAGCGCGGCAGGCUCUGCGCGUCGAGUCUUCAGAUAAACAUGCAGAGCUCGAGAAUUUGAUCACAAAAUGGAAGAGUGUUAGUCAGAACGCAGCCGAAGAAGUCUUCGCUGGAGCACAGGAACGCGUCUCCCGAUUCGGUGGGAUGAAGGCUUGGAGGGAGCAGACGAAGAGCAGUGGCUCGAGGUGGGAACAGGAAGAAAUGGAGUCGUGGUAUGGUAAUGCACAAGUAGAAGGGGCUGAUUUAGAUGACGACGAGCUGGAAUCUCGAAAGGCUGAGAUGUUGGAUCAAUACGAGGUUUCCCGGAAAGAGUUCGAGACGACCCAGCGGGGCGAUUCCGUGGAAGAGGAGGAAUUCACUAUGGACUUCAUGCUGAAAACUCUCAAUAUCGAAGCGAAGAUGAUCGGAUACGAUAAGUAUGGUCAAAAAUGGAUUAAAGAUUGA